AUGCUCUCUGCUGGAAACAGCGUAUCGGCCUCAGGCCGAGGAUCGUCGACUCCGUUUCUGAAUGAAGAUGCAAGCUACAAAGUUGUCCUCCCGCGUCUACCAACCGGUAACGAUGUGCUGAAUUCCAUUUUCCUUCAUGCGGACUUGAGUGGCAGACCAUACCGUGCUCCUGACUUCCGAGACGCUCUGCUUGAAGUAGUGGAUACUGCAGAUAUUAUAGGUGUAGGACAGUAUCAGAUGAGCCAUGUAUGGAUGGUUACCUGCGCUAGUAGUGCGGCGAAACAUAAACUCGUCGCCUGUGGUGAGCUCCGUGUCAAAGGACUGAAGUGCAUGGUGAUAGAUCCGGAGACUAAAAAUAUCAAGCUCAAAUUACUCUGGCUUCCGCCUCACCUUGAAGCUCGACGGGUUGAAGAGGCGUUCCAGGCGUACGGUCAGGUGAAGUCUGUCGAGAGAGAGGUGUGGAGAUGCACUGGUAUGGAACUGUGGGUGACGACAAACCGGGAGGUUUCCUUGGUGCUCAAGGAUACUGUCACCGUAAGCUCAAUACCACACAUUAUGUCCAUUUAUGGACACCAGUGCCUGGUACUUAUCCCCGGCAGGCCUCCGCUGUGCCUUCGUUGCAAGCGUGUGGGACAUGUCCGUCGACAAUGCAGAACGCCGAGGUGCUUGCAGUGCCACCGAUUUGGUCACUCGGUGGACGCCUGUGUAUCGACCUAUGCCAAUAAGCUUCGUUCUGGGCAACACAGCGCAGAAGAGCCCCAACUGGACCAUCUCAUGGAUGCUACAGAGAUAGUCGAUGCUACCGGAGAAGCCACAGGCGGCAUCAGGGACGAAGAACAGGAGUCUCCAGAGCCAAUGCCGAGCAGCCACAGCAUCCCAAGCGAAGCUACUGGCAAUAACUCGGUUUGCACACAUGACCUAGAAAACCUUAAAGAAAAGCCCCCCGAUGGCGACAAGGAAGAAGAGGCGAUGGACAGCAGUCAAGCGAGAAAGCGUCCGGCACCGUGCAACGAUGAAACAACGGGGAGUGCAGUACAGGCACCCGAGAGUGUGCCUUCUAGUGCUCAACGGGUUCCCUCCCCUGGUGAUGGUGUGCCGUGGCGGUUUUGUCAGCGAAGUAAGGAGAGUGCUAUAAAGAAGUGCAAAGGGAGCAAGACCACAGAUUUACCUGUGGCCAAGGGUGAUGAAGCACAAAAGCUUUAGGUGAGCAAAAUGGCUACC